GCGUGAAGGAGACAGCCUUUCUUUACGCCAUCUCGUCUGCGGGGCUAGUGCACGAGAUUUCCCGAGCAUGCGCACAAGGCCGUCUAGACAGGUGCUCGUGCGACGAGUCGGAGCAACUGGAGAACACGAAGACAUGGCUGUGGGGCGGAUGUGGUGACAACAUCCGGUUCGGGUCAAAGUUCACCAACAAGUUUCUGAAGCGCGCGAAAGGCUUUGAGAAGGACAUCCGGGCUAGGGUGGAUGAACACAACAGCCGGGCAGGCAUCAAGAUCGUCCGUGAACUGGUGAACAAGACCUGCAAGUGCCACGGCCUGUCCGGAUCCUGCACGGUGGAGACUUGCUGGCAGCAACUGGCGCCCUUCAAGGAGGUGGGGCGGGUGCUCAAAAACAAGUACGAGAAGUCUGUCCGCGUCAUCGGCACCACCAACGACGCCACCACUGACCAGACGCAGCUCAUGAAACAGCGCCCUCACGCCCCCGAGACGCAGCUCAUGAAGCAGCGCCCCCACCCUCCGGAAACCUCCCAGCAGAACCUCAGCGUCCCCGUGGGGCUGACGGAGCUAAUCCACAUCGACGACUCCCCGGAUUUCUGCAAGGCUAGCCGGUACUCCCCGGGGACGUACGGGCGUCUGUGCAACAAGGGACAGAACUGCGGGUCAAUCUGCUGUGGGCGGGGACAUAAUGUACAGAAACGUAUGUACAAGCGGCCGUGUAAGUGUGAGGUGAUAUGGUGCUGUAGCCUCAAGUGUAAGGAGUGUGUGGAGGAGGAGGAUGUGUACCUCUGUAAGUGAUGUGACCUGAUCACGUGACUCUACCCCGCGUGACCUCUGACCCUACACACUAGCUCUGGUUGAUAUUUGAAAGUCAUAUCACAAAAACAUUGAGCAACGUAUGUGGAAACUCGCCUUAAGACAACACAUUGGGAUAUGUCACUUGCUAUGCUUAUCAACACACCUCGAUGGAUUUAAACUGGAACUCGUGUGUAAAGGUUUAUAGUUUUUAUUUGAUAUUUAUCCAGACUGUGAAAUAAAAACUGUGAAAUAAUAAAAAAAUAAAGACUACAUGGAAUUUAUCUUCAGAAAACAAAGAAUCAUUGUCGGAUCACGUGGAUAAAUAUGGAUCCAUCACACACACACGUCAUGCUUUCUCAAACUAUUGGGAUAAAUAGGUGCUCCGUGGUCUUUGUUUCGCCUAUCUGUCACUCAACUUGGUUCAACCAAGCAGGAUUAAGUGCUCACCUUUGUGAGUCAAGCUAUCUCACGUGCGGUUCUUGGGUAUGGCCUUGAGACUGCUGGACACAAAUACUGUAACAACGAGUGACCUUGCACUGAACUUGUUAAACUGCCAAAACUCAAUACUUGACUUCGAUACUAAAGUGUCUAUUUUUAAAAAAAAUCGGCUAGCAUAGACUGUCAUAUUAUGCAACGGUGACAUCGGAUUAUGAACUUUAACACUUGAUGUCGUAAACUUUGACAAAUGUUGUCACAGAUUGCAACUUCUCAAUCUGUAAAACUGACGCAUGCGCAUUAAACAACUGCUGAUAUAUUUACGUCAACAAAUGCUCCACAAGAAACUAACAGAAAACUAUGUCUACAAGUGUGACUACCUCAGAAAGCAACAAGCCGUACCACGGAUGUUUCGUGCACUGCAUUUUUUUGUCUGUAUAAAGAGGAAAAAUGUGAAAUUUAAAAUAUCCAAUAAUCAUUUCUGUUAAGGAUCCUAUGGUUAUAUCUUUAUGCAUAUUUAUUUAAACUGAUUUUCUGUCGUGUUUUGUUUUUUAAAUUAUUUUAGAAUUGCAAAGUUGAUGAUGUAUUGUAAGUAUUUGGUAUUUUAGUCAAAAUUUGAUAUAGUCGGGAUGUGUGGGCUACCGAGUUCAAAGUAGCCUGAAUGUUGUAUGUAGUGGCUACCAUGAUUUACUGUAGCCAUAGUUUAUAUGUGGUGGCUACCCGAUUUAACAGUAGCCGAAGGGUAUAUGUGGUGGCUACCCAUGUAAUAGGACAUAUUGGACUGUAGUGGGCACCAACCGUUUGAUUUAGUGGCUAUCGACAUUACUGGUAUGGUAGGGUCUAUUUUCUACCAAGUUUGGGGAUUUACUAGCUACUUUGGGAUCUGUUAUGAUCUAGUGACUAUCAACUAAUUACGAACAGAAGGGUAGCCACUUCAUAAGUUCUCAGAAACGAAAUCUUUUGUUUCUGAAUAAUUUAAAUAGGAACAAUAACUAUCUCGCAAAUUAUAUUCCUAGGCUUGUUAUCUUUAUUAUGUAUCAUAAGUCAAUGUAUGUUUUAUAGAGGGAAAAAUUAUGGUAGAUUCCUGAUUCAUAUGGGUAGUUUUAUGACAAAAUUCUCUUGAAUAUUGCUGUAUGUAGAUUAAAUUUCAAUACACGCAUUUUUUGACAAACAUAAUUAU